AUGGAUUCGCCUAAAACCCCCAAAGUGUUAUCACAUGCAAAUUCGAUGAAAAGUUUGAGAUCAAUAAAAAGUCAAAAAUCUUUGCGAUCAAUGCGAAGUCAAAAAAGCACACAAAGUAUUCGAAUAUUCAAUCAUAAUCACGAUUCAUAUCAGACCUGUUUUGGAUGUAUGCAUGUUAAGGUAACAUUUUUCUUCGAAUUGUGAUUUUUUUCAAAAUACAAAAUUUGAUUUUCACAUCAGAUUGCUACAUGUUUCAUUGGAUUUUUUGCACUUCUCGGAGUAUGUUUAUCAUUAAUGUAUUGCGUUUUCAUAUCUCAAGAGGCAAGAGAAGUUUUUGAAGAAAAAUUUAAUUUCACAAAUUGUUUUUCAGCAACGAAAACCGAAUAUGAAACUUUACGCGAUUCCAAUGAUUGUUGUAAUUUUGGCUCUUUUAUAUAUGUUUGUUGGAAUUCUUCAGCAAAAAGCGCAACUUUUAUUCGCAUUUAUCACAUUGCAGGUAAUAUUGAAAAAUUAUUCACUUUGAAAAACGAUUUGCUUCAGAUCUUCUUGGUGUUUUCAAUUGCUGUGCUCAUACCAAUAAUUCUUCUAUCAGUGGCUUGUAACACUUUAUGUGUGCUACAAUAUUUUGUUGAUAUCACAUUAGACCAUACAGAAUACAGUAAGCUCUCAGCUCUCUCAUCUCCAUUUCAAAUUCACUGUUUAUUUUCAGCCAAAUCUGCGUUAAUAUCAUUGGUUGGACUCUGUUGUCAACUUGGAAUUCAAACGUGGGCACUUCGAGCUGUUUGUGGUUGUUUUCGAUAUUUUACAGAUAUUCAGAAAUUUGAAGUACGUCAAGCACAAACUAAUUAUGUUUGA